GGUGGGCGGAGUCCAGGUGUUUUAUUAGCAGCUGACAGGUGAGUCUGCAGGUAACUCUGAGGCUUCACUUCACGUUGGAGACACAGCGAAGCAUCGACUGUUUGACCAUGCUCAACUUUCCUCUUCACUUCCUGUUGAUGGUGGUUUCCCUCCCCAUUGUCAUGGCGAUGCCUGAGCCCUCCUCUGGGGACUGGGAGCUCCCGUCCAUCGACCCUUUUUCACCUCCUCCCUAUAUGCGCAUGGAUGAACCUGAACGCAGUUUCAGCCCCAUCGGAAACAACAUGACGGAGCCGUCAGCCGGGGCCCUGGAGGCCUACUGCCUGAUGCUGCAGCAAAGCCCAGGAUCCAUCACCCCAGACCAGGUCCCCUGGUUCUGUCGCUGCACACAGUGUCAGACAAUCAAGGGGCCCAAAGGAGACAGAGGAGACCUCGGACCAACGGGUAGUCCAGGCAGUCCUGGAAGACGAGGGCUGACAGGGUUCAGAGGUCCUCCAGGUUUUGUUGGCAGACAAGGAGUCAAAGGGCAGAAAGGAGACGAGGGAGAGAAGGGACAUCAAGGACCUCAGGGUCUCAUGGGACCCAAAGGAGAGCGAGGCUUCAAAGGUGCUAAAGGUGAGCAAGGUCUGGAUGGACGUCCAGGUGAUCAAGGUCCUAAAGGAGACGAUGGAGUCUGCAUAGAAACCUGUGAGUCCAGCCAGGGUCUCCCAGGACCAGUUGGUGUGCCUGGUCCAGUAGGACCCAGAGGUCCAUCUGGUAGUGCAGGAGUGAUGGGGCCCAAAGGCAUGAAGGGUGACAUGGGUGAUAUGGGUCGCCCUGGUGUCCCUGGAUCUGUGGGUGAGAAAGGAGAGCUGGGGCCCCAGGGAGAGUGUAACUGUACAGAUGGGAUAGAUGGGGUUAAAGGGCCGAAGGGGGAUAGGGGAGAUAAGGGGGAGGAGGGACAAAUGGGGCCUGAGGGUCAAACAGGACCACAGGGGGCAAAGGGAAACAUGGGGGACAUGGGGAUGAUGGGUCGUCCUGGUCCCUGCAUGCCCAGCAUCCAGUCCGCCUUCGCUGCAGGGCUGACGUCCAGUUACCCCCCACCAAAUGCCCCAGUGGUCUUCACCCACAUUCACUACAAUGUCCAGGGGAGCUAUGACCCCAGCAAGGGGAUCUAUACCGCCCCAAUCAAUGGCACCUACCUCUUCAGCUACCACCUCACUGUCUACGAGAGGGUCCUCAAAGUUGGCCUCUUCCUGAACUUCAAACCGUUGGUUAAGACCACAGACACCAAAGUGUUAGGGACCACCUCGCAACAAAUCAUUGUCCACAUGGCCCGUGGGGACCGUGUAUGGAUCCAGGUGAAGGACAAGGUAACUAAUGGCAUGUUUGCUGGUUCUGAGUCCAGCAGUACUUUCUCUGGCUUCCUGCUCCACCCAGACACAUGUGACAUGCCCUUAUUGAGAGGACCAAUGCCUACAAGUGCCCCCACCGAGGACAUGUACAGCUGGGGCGACUGAGUCUUGCACCACCAACCCCCGACUCCACCUGCCAAUGGAGAAUCCAGGUAGCUUCACUAAUAAAUAAAAUACUCCUGGACAUAAAUUAUUGUAGAUAACAUUAUCCUUAAAUGAUUUUCCACCAAUCAGCCAUCAGAGAUUCAGUGUGAUGAUCAGGUUCAGAAACCAGAGACAUGAAGACAAGACAACAUAACAACACAUCACUGACAGCAAACCAGAAGAGUAUUUACACCAAAAUAAUCAUCAACAUUGACCAUCAUAACUGUCCCAGCCAAGAGAAGAUCCUGAACUUGUGCAUCCACCCCAAUUCUAAAAGUUUGUCUUCUAUGUGAAACAAAAAUAAUAAAAGUGAGUGUGGCUUUCAUAGGACUCCCUAAAAUCUCUGUAUUCUUCUUUCUUUGUUAACCAUCAUGGAACAAAGAAGCUCACCAU